GCCGCUGGGGGCAAACCCAACAGUACGCCGCGCGUUACAACGGGGAGCACACGGAUAAGCCACCAACUCCUCUCAACACUCCUCAAAACAGCAAGACUCUGCUUCAAACCAACGUCAACUGGAACCAAGCCUGCCACCAUGGCUGCUUUAGGCAAGGCAUCUUCAAAACAUCAACCGUCAUUCAAAGCUGUUCCCUAUAGAGGCGACCCGCUACCAAACGUGGUGGGCGAUCUCACUCUGCCAGGCAUUAUCACAGCGCCAAAGCCGUUCUUUUCGGCCAUGUACGUCGACGAGCUGCUCUGGGUAUCCGAGGCACUGGCGAUUGACUUCCGUCCCCUUAUCUUGUUAGCCCUACAGGGCUAAUUUUGAAAAUCUCCUAUGAGUCCGGGGUUUGGUGUUCUUUCGCGGUACCGACAUACCGGCCCGGUGCAUGCCGUGACCUCAAGAGCCGAUGACGUUAUCUCAAGCACGACUGGCGCGCCGAGGAGCGGGGCUAGUCCUAAGAGUCCAGUGGCGAUAUCCACAUGUUUGAGAUGUCCAACAGGGUCGAUGAGAUGAUCAUCCUAUUUCAUGUAACAGGGGGCCUAUGUCUAUAUCAACACCGAUGGAAAGCCCGGUCGUGGAGGACGUUUUCAGCAAGCUGCCGAGACAGCAUUACGAGGAAGCCUGGGUCGGUGCCGGUUUCAUCGACCAUUUCAUUCAA